AUGGCCAACUCCACAACAUCAUCCGGUUGGGUCAAGGAACCCGACGGGCGCGGAACAUGGGGCAUCCUCUCGACAUGUCUGCUAACCAUCACUCUAUGCUGCUGGACAUCUGUAUGCCCCAAUCUCCCCGCUAAAUCAGAUGGAGACUGGGCCCGCCUGCGGGAUAAAUUCCACCUCGCGUGUAUGGGGAUCCUAGGCCCGGAGUUUCUUUUGAUGUUGGCAGCGGGACAGUGGUCGUCGGCUAGGACGUCGGUUAAGGAGUUUCGCAGGUUAAAUAAUAAACGAGGAAAACGGGAGUGGACCAUGACGCACGCGUUCUAUGCGGAUAUGGGAGGGUUUCUUCUCGAGGGGCCUGGGGUUGAGACUCCGUUCCCGGUUGAUGCGAAGCAGUUGCUUUUCCUAGUCGAGCAGGGAUAUGUAGAGUAUCCAGAAAUUACUCGGGAGGAUAUCGAUGACCGGAACAAGUCAGAUGGGUUCGCGAGAUUCAUCGCAGUGUGUCAGGCGGUUUGGUUGCUGCUCAAUUGUAUCCUGCGUGGGGCAGAAGGUCUUGCUUUGACAACGCUGGAGCUUACUACUAUCUCCUUUGUCAUCGUCUUCUUCGCAACAUCGUUUUGCUGGUACUACAAACCGCAAGAUAUAACCAGUACGACCACCGUAACCCUCGCGGUAGAUAUCAGCACUAUCCAGAAAAAGCACUGCCCUCCAGAGCUCGAAGAAUGGUACACAAACCCCUUGGAAUUCCUGCAUCCCAACCUCUACAUCUGCCACGUCUUUUGGCGCUACUUCAACCAGAUUCUUCGCCGGAUUCACUGUCCCAUCUUCUCUCGUCCCGUCACCACCAAACCUUACAACCGCAUCCCAAGCGAUGAUUUCCCGCAUCUAGAUACACUAGCUGACGCCCUCGCUUGUCCGAUCGUCCUCCUCUUUGGCAGCAUGUUCAUGAUUGCUUGGAGGUUUGACUUUCCCUCUUCUCUCGAGCGAAUCCUGUGGCGCAUCGCGUCCUGCUAUACACUGUUAUUCUCCAUCUUCGGCGGUCCAUACAUACAAUUCUGCUACAAAGUUCUUCUUCCACGGCAUGCUGAGAAACGAAGGGCUGGGGAUGUGGAAGCGACAAUUCCGCAGACGCGGAUGCAGCAUCUCGCUGCGAAGAUGAGAAAUAUCCAUACUUCGAGGGACCCAAGGUUGGAGAUUCCGCUGUUAGCGCUCAUCCCUGUGACCGUGUUGUGCGCUUUGUAUUGUAUUUCUAGGGCGUAUAUACUCGUUGAGGAUUUGGUUGGGCUGCGAGAUCUACCCGAGUCGGCGUUUCAGACGGUGGAGUGGUCCGUUUAUAUUCCUCAUUGGUAG